AUGGCCGUCUUCACCGAGCUUCCCGUUGAGGUGCUGCACCUCAUCGCCCAACACUGCGGCCAGCAUUCACGCUGCACGCUGAGCGCAACAACACGCCAGCUCCACAGUGUCUGCAUUGAAGAAAUCUACCGCACAGUCGACCUGAGCGUCCACAACUCCUCGCAGCUUGCAAGCAACGGUCCUUUUGAUGGCGAUCUCGGCCCCGACUCGCCCAUCGUCCUCGAACUCCCCCUCGACUUUGCUGAACGUCCCCGGGUCUCGCUCGACGACGAAAUCUGGCUUCGCCAACAGCAACUGAUCCAUACCAUAAAGAACCAUCCUGAAUAUGGCAGCCAUGUCCGCCAACUUCACUGGUCCGUACUCAAUGCCCCCGUCGGCCAAUCCGAGGAUCACAGACCGAUGGUAGGCACUACCGCUGAGCUGCCUGUCGCCAUGAAAAUAUGGGAACAGAGGGGUCUGCAGCGCCUCGACUCGAUCGGUUUUGAUCGAGUCCUCUGGGACACUUUUCUGGCCUUUAACAAAGUCACUUCGGUCGACAUUGCAUGGCUGAGGUCUUUGCGCGAGACCUGCCCUCCGCCGCCCUUGUUUACUAGUGCCACAUCUGUUCGUCUUGUCGGCCAAGCAUCAACCCGCUUCGUUGCCGCCAUCCUGGAGAAUAUCAUCCCGGAAAACCUUGUCUCUCUGUCCACCAUAAACCUUCAAGAAUUCGCCGACCCCGUCCCAUCCUUCCCCAGCCAUAUGAGCCUAUACGACAUCAUCCAUCACACGGACCAAGGACCCCAGGAUCAUAUCCGAAGCACCACCUUCGCCGGUCCGAUGCACAACCACCUCCGCUCUCUCACCAACCGUUGCCACAAGCUGUCGCACCUCGAGAUCCGCACCUACGCCCCAUGGGAGCACUGGGAACGACUCUCCCUCGACGACACGCGCUACGAGGAAUGGGCCACCUUUAUCCGGUCCGUGCGGCCGACGCUGCGCUCGCUCGUCUUCGAACAACACCGCGCCGAGAGGUCGCGGCUCUGGCGCACCAACCGCUCGCACCCCUUCGGCCAGCGUGGCCGCCCCGCCUUGUGGACGCUGUUCAACGAGCACAUCCUGCCUGUGCUCACCGACAAGCAAGCCGAGUGGCCGCGACUCGAGCGCGUCGAGCUUGCCGGUUUUCAUGAGCUCACCAGGUGUUUUGCCUGUCUCAAUCCGCCCGAUUUCUCGCAGUGGGAGAACCCGCAUCUGUCGUUUGAGGUGCUGGAUCCGGGGCGUGGCAUGACGAAUGAUACGUGGGCGGUGAGGGAGACGCACGUGGCGCUGAAUGAGGAAGAAAAGAAGAGCAUCCAGGAGCGCUUGGGCCAGGGUGUACAGCUGUCUAUCAGGGGUGGGUCCCGGAAGUUUGAGAAUUCUUGCAGGACAGGGAUCCCGGGGUUUGGGCCGAGGAGGCGGAGAGAGGGUUGA